CGCCCCCCGCCGCUGUGAGCUGCAGUCACGAGAUGUGAUGCAGAAUGCGUGUCACGGAUAAAUGAAGUGGGGGAAUAAAGAGAGAGGGGGGAAAAAGAGGUCGAGCUGAAUCUCCUUUUUAUUGGACGAGGCCAGCCGGGAGGUGUUUUCGUCAAAGGGCAACGUGCGGAUGGUCGUGUACUCACUUGGUGACCACUGAGCGGCGAGGAGCUGGAUUUCAUUCCUCCCUGUGUGGCGGUGGGUCAGCUCAGCUCAGUCACGACGACCAGCUGAAGGAAACACGCAGUCUGAGUGCGUCUUCCACACGAGCCUCCACGGACGUUGUGUGCUAAACCGCACGUCCGCCCGAAAUCAAUCAGUCUUCGACUUACCAACUCGGGGAAGAUGGAGGGGGAGAAGAAACAAGUAACGUGCUACCUCCUGUUCUCUCUGGGCACAGCUGUUAUUGGCUCCCUGCAGUUUGGCUACAACACAGGGGUCAUCAAUGCACCUGAACAGAAACUGCAAGCGUUCUUCAACGAGACUUGGGUGAAACGUUAUGGGAAGCCUAUUGAUCCUGGAGUUUCUAUCUUUGUGUGGAGCUUAGCGGUGGCCAUUUUCAGUGUCGGUGGAAUGGUGGGCUCCUUCAGUGUCGGUGUGGUGGCAGAUAAGUUUGGACGACGUAAGUCAAUGUUCCUGGUGAAUGUCUUGGCCUUGAUCGGUGGAGGGCUGAUGGGGCUGUGCACUCUCUGCUCUUCCUUCGAGAUGGUCAUUGCUGGCCGGCUGGUUAUCGGGCUUUUCUGUGGCCUCUUCACUGGUCUCACUCCGAUGUAUGUCGGAGAAGUAUCACCCACCCCUCUGCGUGGAGCCUUUGGGACUCUGCACCAGCUGGGUGUGGUAGUGGGCAUCUUGAUUUCGCAGAUCUUUGGUCUGGAGUUUCUUCUCGGCUCAGAUAAACUGUGGCCUGUGCUGCUAUCUCUGACUGUGGUACCUGCAGUUAUACAGUGUCUGCUACUGCCUUUCUGCCCCGAGAGCCCCCGCUACCUUCUUAUUAACCUCAAUCAGGAGGAGGAGGCUCGCAAAGCACUUGUGCGUCUUCGAGGCUUUGAGGACGUGUCGAAGGAUAUGCAGGAAAUGAAGGAGGAGAGCGUGAAGAUGAACAUGGAGAAGAAGGUUACCAUCCCUGAGCUCUUCCGUACCGCCACAUACCGCCAGCCUCUUCUCAUUGCGGUUGUUCUGCAGCUGUCCCAGCAGCUGUCUGGCAUCAAUGCUGUGUUCUACUACUCAACUGGUAUUUUUGAGUCUGCUGGUGUGACCCAACCCAUAUACGCUACCAUUGGAGCUGGAGCUGUCAACGUUGUUUUCACUGUGGUUUCGCUGUUCCUUGUUGAGAGGGCUGGACGAAGGUCAUUGCACCUUAUUGGCUUAGGUGGUAUGGCUGUCAGCGCCCUGCUUAUGACCAUCGCCCUCCUAUUGAAGCACAUCGAGUCUCUGAGCUACCUGAGCAUUGCAGCAGUGUUUGCCUUUGUGGCUAUGUUUGAGAUGGGCCCAGGACCCAUUCCCUGGUUCAUUGUGGCCGAGCUCUUCUCCCAGGGGCCCCGUCCUGCUGCCAUGGCCAUUGCUGGAUUCUCUAACUGGACAGCCAACUUCCUCGUGGGCAUCAGCUUCCCCAAAUUGGAGGAAAUUUGUGGGCCAUACGUUUUCAUCAUCUUCAUGAUCUUCCUCAUCCUCUUCUUCGUCUUCACAUUCUUCCGUGUUCCUGAGACAAAGGGGCGAACCUUUGAAGACAUCGCUCGAGAAUUCCGCGGUGCUCCACCUCCUUCAACUACUGCUGUAGAGGAGGCCAGCGGAGUCAUGGCGUCCACUUCUCCAGUAAAAGAGAAAGUUCCCUUGGUGGCAGCCAAUUCUGGAGCAGAGGAGAAGCCCAGCUCUUCUGUGAAGGCUGCUUCAGAGGCCGCCAAGGGUGAGGAGAAACCUGAGUCUGCUACAGAGCCACUAGUUAAAUCCACUACAGAGGAGAAAUCUAAUUCCACUGUCCAGGAAAGUGUUUAG